AUGGCCAAACAAGCCGGCUUGAGCCUAGCCUCCAUAUUCCUCCUUUCGGGAUCAAUAGUCCUACUACUCUUCGUCAUCCUCGCCGGCGUGCGCGACACGGCUCCUCUCAACAACACGUACUUCCUCGAAGGCGACACUUCAGGCAUCACCGGCGCCCGCAACGGCCUUACGCGAUGGACCUACUUUUACUACUGCAAUGACGAGAACACCGGCUGCUGGGGCCCAUGGCCCGCUCCGGCCUUUGGCUGGGCUUGGGGCCGCGAUGCUGCCAACGUACCCUCGGGACUCGCCGGCGGCCACGGCGGUGGCACGACGAGCACCGAGUACUUUUACCUCUGGCGCUUCGGAUGGGUCAUGUACCUCAUUGCCCUCUUUUUCAUGGUUGUCGCCUGGUUUGGAAGCUUCCUCGCCUGCUGCGGCCGUCUCGGCUCUGCCAUUGCUUUCUUGGUGUCGGCUAGCGCGCUGUUCUUCCUUACCGUUGCCGUCUCUCUGAUGACCGCAACUUUCGUCAAGGCCCGCAACGCAUUCCACUCAGCAGGCCGCGAAGCUUCUAUCGGUACUUACGCCUUCGGCUUCAGCUGGGGUGCCUGGGCCGCCCUGUUUCUUGCUACCGUCCUCUUCUGCAUCGGUAUCCGCGGCGAGAAGUCGGGCAGCCGUAGCAAGUCCCGAUUCAGCCGCAAGCGCAGCGUGCGUAGCCGCAGGUCCUUUGACGUCAACUCGAGCCGUCGUGUUAAGGAGGACUACGCGUAA